AUGGACAUAAAAAAUGAAGAUGAAAAUUUUUUAAAAAAGGUUUUUAGUUAUUUUAAAAAGGAUAUAAAAAGGGACGAAGAAAAAUGUAACUUUUUAAAUAAUAAUAACACGAAAAAUGAUGAAAGUAAUUUAGUAAAAAAUAGAACAUUAAAUUUUAUGAUUUCAUCAACUAUAAUUUUAUGUGUGCUGCAUCCAUUAGAUACUAUAAGAACCAGAAAACAAAUAUAUAAAGUUUAUAAAAAUUCUUAUCCUUAUUAUUAUAAUAAUAAAUAUAAUUUAUUUUAUAUAUUAAAAAAUGAAAAAUUAGAAAGUGUAUAUCGUGGUUUAGUAGCUAGUUUAAUUACCACAGCAAUAUCUCAUGGAAUAUUUAGAUUCAUAUAUGAUACUUUAAAUUAUUAUUUUUUUGAGAAAAUAAACAAAAUAAAUUACAAAAAUAAAAGUGAAAAUUAUAUAUUACGUAAUUUAAGUAAUAGCGAAUCAAAUAAGUCUAAAUGUUCUCAUACUACAUUUUCACCUGAUUCAUCAGAAGUAGAUAUAGAAAAGUAUAAAAAAAAAAGUGAUAUAUCUAAAAAUUAUAAUUUUAUGAAAAUUAAUGAUAUAAGGAAAAAUGAGAACUUUAUGAAUACUAAUUUAGAAGGAAAAAUGCAAACAAAUGAAAAUAAUGAUACAUUAAAUAAGUUUAAUGAGGCAAAAGAUAAAAAAAAUGUAAAUUAUUAUAUUAUUACUAGUAGUAUUAGUUCAAUUAUUAGUGUGUUUUUUCUUCAUCCAGUAUGGCUAGUUAAAACUAAAAUAGAAAGCACAAUAAAUUUAAAUUACAAAUUUUUAAAUUAUAAAAGUAGAUUACUAAGUAAACAUUACAGCGCAUUUAUACCAAGAAAAAAAAUAAUUUCUUAUAAAUUAUCAAACAUUUUAAAACUUUUUAUGUAUGAUAGAAAAUAUAGAAAAAAAAAUAUAAAUUAUAAAAAAUUUUCAUUAAAUAACAAAAUGUUAGAAUCUUAUAAAAAUAACUUUAUAUAUAAAAAAAAUACAACUAGAAAAAAAUACAAUUAUCUUUCUUAUAAAAAUGUAAAAAACCCUUUCUUAAAUGGAGAUGUAAAAAGGAAAAUGAUACAUAAUUAUUUAUUAUAUAAAUAUUAUACCCUGUCAAUUUUAGAAAGGAAAGAAGUAACAAGAAAUAUAAUGUCUCAUUUUCGUAAAAAGUUUUAUAAAAGAUAUAUUUUAUAUUCAAAAAAUCCCAUUUCUAAUAAUAAAAUAUUGCAUAUUUUUAAAAGGGAAGAAAAUAAAAAUGCUGUAACGGCCGUUUAUAGAUAUAAAAAUUAUUUUCAAUUUGUUUAUGAAAUAUAUAAAAAAGAAAAAUUAUCUUCAUUUUAUAAAGGGUUUUUAGCAUCAAUAUUGUUAACACCACAUGUUGCUAUUCAGUUUUAUAUAUAUGAAUAUUUAACACAUUAUUUUAACUCAGAUUAUAUAAAGAACCUACUUAGAGAUAAUAAUAUAAAUACUUCAUCAAAUGUCAUAAAUAAAUUCCUACCUUUUUUGUUUGGUGUCUUUUCAAAAUAUGUUGCUAUUAUUUUUACUUAUCCUCUGUACACUAUAAAAAUGAGACAACAAGUUCAAAUGAAAAAUUACGGUUUUCUUAAAGUAUUAAUUAGUAUUUUUAAAUACGAAGGGAUAAAAUCUUAUUAUACUGGUAUUAAUAUGCAUUUAUUGAGAAAUUGCCUACAAAACGGAAUUCUUUUUUUUAUUUUUGAAUACUUAAAUAAUGCUAACCGAUAA